UACAACUGCCAAUCUCCCGAACUCUCCACAAACCCUUUUCAUUUUUCUUUUACCGGUCUCUUAGCUCCCAUCGUCUCAGACAGCCGGAACGAUCCAACGGUCAGAUAUGGCUCUAUCCCGCCUAGCCUCCUCCUCCUCUGGCUCCAAUCUCCUGAGGCCCUUCGCCUCCGCCUUAUCCCUCACCCCAUCUCUCCGCCGUCCGAUCUCAUCCGCCGCCGAUGACUCCACCACCCUCACGUUCGAGACCUCCCUCCCCUUCACCUCCCACAACUGUGAGCCGCCGUCGCGCACGCUCGAGACCACUCCCAAGGAGCUUAUGACGUUCUUCCGCGACAUGGCGUUGAUGCGCCGGAUGGAGAUCGCAGCCGACUCGCUCUACAAGGCCAAGCUGAUCCGAGGGUUUUGCCACCUAUACGACGGCCAGGAGGCCGUCGCCAUCGGCAUGGAGGCCGCGAUUACCAAAAAGGACUGCAUCAUCACUGCGUACCGUGACCACUGCACCUUCCUCGGCCGCGGUGGGACCCUCCUGCAGGUUUUCGCCGAGCUCAUGGGGCGCCAGGCUGGCUGCUCCAAGGGGAAAGGUGGGUCCAUGCAUUUCUACAAGAAGGACGCUGGAUUCUAUGGUGGCCACGGUAUAGUCGGCGCUCAGAUUCCGCUGGGAUGUGGAUUGGCUUUUGGGCAAAAGUACUCCAAGGACGAAACGGUGACGUUUGCUCUCUACGGUGACGGUGCAGCCAAUCAAGGGCAGUUGUUCGAGGCGCUUAACAUUUCUGCGCUUUGGGAUCUGCCUGCGAUUUUGGUCUGUGAGAAUAAUCACUAUGGAAUGGGUACCGCCGAGUGGAGAGCAGCGAAGAGUCCCGCAUAUUACAAGCGUGGAGAUUAUGUUCCUGGCUUGAAGGUGGAUGGUAUGGAUGUGUUUGCCGUAAAGCAGGCAUGCAAAUUUGCCAAGGAGCAUGCUCUGAAGAACGGACCCAUUAUUCUUGAAAUGGACACUUACAGGUACCAUGGUCACUCUAUGUCUGAUCCUGGUAGCACCUACCGCACACGUGAUGAGAUUUCUGGCGUGAGACAGGAGCGUGAUCCAAUUGAUAGAAUAAGAAAGCUGAUAUUUGCUCAUGAUCUAGCUACUGAGAAGGAUCUAAAGGAUAUCGAGAAGGAAGUAAGAAAAGAAGUUGAUGAAGCCAUUGCUCAAGCCAAAGAAAGCCCGAUGCCAGAACCCUCCGAACUCUUCACAAAUAUCUAUGUGAAAGGCUAUGGAACUGAGUCUUUUGGACCAGAUAGGAAAGAAAUCAGAACUGUACUUCCCUGAAUCCAAAGCGGAAAGUUGCCGAUGAGCGACCAAAGACUGUCCUUCGUCGACCCUGAAGGUCCUUUUGCUUUCACAAUUGAACCACACCUUCCAAUUUCCCGGAAAAGAGAAAAAAAAUGAAACAAUAAAUGGUUCGAAUCAAGAUGGCCAUCUCUUCCGAGCUGUACAUUUUGAUACUCGCCGUCGUUUUUGUAUAGGAUUAUUGAUUGUUCUCGCAAGUAUUGAGGCCGAAUUGUUGCAUUCAUGAUAUGUAGGUCUCGAUGCUUGAGAGGUUACUGGUAUUCGCGUUUGGAAAUCUGCAUCUUGUUUUCCCAUUGCUCAAUGCCAUUUGAUAGCGUCUGAGAAUUGUUUUUUUCUCAUUUCCAAGUUGUAUUUGAAGCCUUUUUUUUUU